GGUAUGUUUUUCUUCUUGUAUUUAUUUUUAUGUAUGUGUUUAUAUUUUUAGUAUCAUAUAAAUGGGCAGCAGUAGCUCAGCAGGUUGAGCGGGUUGUCUUGUAAUCGGAAGGUUGUGGGUUCUAUUCUGGCUCCCGCCAGACAAUGUUGCUGUUGUGUCCUUGGAGAAGACAAUAAUCCGCCUUGCCCGGUGGCGUCGGUGCUCGGUAGCCGCGCCCACAUCGUCACCAGCGUGUGAAUGGGUGAAUGACUGAUUAUGUUGUGAAGCGCCUUGGGCUGUAGAACCCUAAGAAGGCACUAAAAUACAGAGCAUUUACAUUUUUGUUUAUUUGCGUAUUGUCUGUGAAGGUUCUCAGUCAUCCAGGUCAUUGUAGUCUAAGGAGCUUUGAAAGAAAAGCGUCUGGACUUCUUUGAGUUGCUUGAAGACGUUUCACCUCUCAUCCGAGAGGCUUCUUCAGUUCUAAGGUUAAAUGGUGGAGAGUCCCAGAUUCAAACCCAGUGGGAGUUUUGCCCCGAAGAAGACCCCCUGAUGAUCUUCUACAUAAACACAUGAGCCAAGGUGUGAGGUUGGGUGUGGGUCCUAUUCAGAACAGAGGCGGUGGUUUACGACACCAACUGUCUGCCAUCUAUAAUCCAGUUUUGAGAUCCCUUCCCAGAUGCCUCAACGCCCACGCAUAUCCUGGGCCAUCUGACCUCAAGAAUUCACAUGAUAGGGUGGGGCCAGGCUUGAGCUCACCCGAAACUCUGGCUGAAUAGGACCCACACCCACCCUCACACCUUGGCUCAUGUGUUUAUGUAAAAGAUCAUCGGGGUCUUUUGUUCUCUCUUCGGGGGGGACGACUCCCACUGGGUUUGAAUCUGGGACUCUCCACCAUUUGACCUUAGAACUGAAGAAGCCUCUCAGAUGAGAGGUGAAACAUCUUCAAGCAACUCAAAGAAGUCCAGACGCUUUUCUUUCAAAGCUCCUUAGACUAUUUGUGUAUUAUUUAUUCACUCAUGUAUUUUUUGUUUAGACGGGUUGAGACGCACUGGCUUGUGAUUAUUUCACUCUACAGUUCUCACAUAGUUUCCUUCUAUCCCUGCUUUCCAAAGGCUGACCUGUUUUGAAACUCAAUCAUAUAAAGAAUAAACUGGUGCAAUUACAAAGUGUCUAAUUGCAAAAACCUUAAGAGGUUCGUGCAGAUGCUACUUCCCAAUCGUUACGAUGCCUUGAAUGUAAAGUUUUGUAGAUAUUCUGAAUUCUCACCACGUGUAAAAAGUCAUAUAAUAUUUUCUGUUUUGCCCGACUGAAGAUUAAGUCUGCAACAGGUAAUAACAGUUCCUACCCCUUUCACCCACUUAAAGAGCUGUAGCUUUAAGGUUGCUAGGCAACCUCACAAUGCCACAAAGAGAGAAGUCACAGGGAAGCGGAGACAGAAGACCUGAGAUCAGGCUGGCGUUUCUGCCUUUGUGAUGAUUGUUUAAUAAGAAGUCUCAUUGCUCCAGCUCAGUGUCUCUGUAAAACCUCUAAAUGACUUUUAGUUGUCUCUUCUAAAAGGACUUUUCUGUUUGCAUGACUGCUGAGUUAUGGGGUCGGAGUCGGUGAAGGUGGUGGUCAGGUGCAGGCCCCUGAACGACAGGGAAAAGGCCCUCAGCUCCAAGAUGGUGCUGUCCAUGGAUCUCCAACACUGUCAGUGUUUUAUAGAAAAGCCUGGGGCAGUAGACGAGCCGCCCAAGCCGUUCACUUUUGAUGGGACCUAUCACAUCGAGCAAACCACUGAGCAGCUGUACAACGAGAUUGCGUACCCUUUGGUUGAGGGAGUCACUGAAGGGUACAACGGCACUAUUUUUGCCUAUGGGCAAACUGGAAGUGGCAAAUCUUUCACCAUGCAAGGGGUGUCUGACCCCGCAGCUCAAAGAGGGGUCAUACCGCGGGCUUUUGAACACAUCUUUGAGAGCAUCCAGUGUGCUGAAAACACUAAAUUCCUUGUGAGGGCCUCUUACUUGGAGAUUUACAACGAAGAAGUAAGGGACCUCUUGGGAAGUGAUACGAAGCAGAGACUGGAGCUGAAGGAGCACCCAGAGCGCGGGGUGUACGUGCGGGACCUCUCCAUGCACACGGUUCACAGUGUGGGGGAGUGUGAGCGGAUCGUAGAGCAAGGCUGGAGGAACCGGGCGGUGGGAUACACUCUGAUGAACAAGGAUUCCUCCCGCUCCCACUCCAUCUUCACCGUCCACCUGGAGAUCUGCCACACCGAUGCAGCUGGCCAGGACCACCUCAGAGCAGGAAAACUAAACCUGGUGGACCUUGCAGGAAGUGAGCGCCAGUCUAAAACCGGCGCCACUGGUGAACGACUCCGUGAAGCCACCAAGAUCAAUCUCUCCCUCUCGGCUCUGGGCAACGUCAUCUCUGCCCUGGUGGACGGCCGCUCCAAAUACGUCCCCUACCGGGAUUCUAAGCUGACCAGGCUGCUGCAGGACUCUCUGGGAGGAAGCACCCGCACCUUGAUGAUUGCCUGCAUCUCACCUGCAGACAAUAACUAUGAGGAGAGCUUGAGCACGCUGCGUUAUGCAAACCGGGCCAAGAGCAUCCAGAACAAACCAAGGAUCAACGAAGACCCCAAAGAUGCACAAAUCAGAGAGUACAGGGAGGAGAUCAAGAAACUGCGGGCCCUCAUCUCUGGCCAGUUGGGCUCCUGUGACCUUUCGUCUCAGCUGGCUGAUCGGUCCUCAGCUGUUCCUGCAAAGCUACAGUCCAGCUCUCCUGAAACGAAGAAAGAGAAAUUUACAGAGGAGUACGAAGAGAAGCUGGCAAAGCUGCAGGCUGAGUACAACGCAGAGCAGGAGUCCAAAGUGAAGCUGCAGAAGGUUAUUUCAGCUCUGCAAUCCUCAUAUGAAUCAGCCCUGUUGGAUCUAGAGAAGAACCAAGCCAGCAGGGGGAGCUCUGUCCCUCAGAAUGCGCCACUGAGCCUCAGCUGUAUGGAUAAAGAUGCUGAGAAAGAAGGCUCCACUGACCCUGAUCCCCUCUGCACAAGUGGAGCUGCUUCCCAGACCGAGCCUGCAGACCCUUCUGCUGCAGUGGUCCAAAAAGAUCCAGAGGACGUGAAUCUCACUCAGUCAGGCCAACCCCUUGACCAGAAACACGCCCUGGAAAGACUGCAACAGCUGGAACAGAAGAUAAUAGGCGGGGAGCAGGCCCGGAACGCAGCGUUCCAGCAGAAACACCGCCAAAGGCAGAACCUCGCUGAUCAAAGAAAAGCUCAGCUCAUCCACGCGCUGUCGGAAGACAGCGAGGAGAGCGAACACGUCAUGUUAAAGGUCUACAACUCAAUCCAGGAAGAGGUUUAUGUGAAAAACCAGAUGCUGGUUAAAGUCCAGGGAAAGCUGAAAGCAGCCAAACUGGAGAUCCGGGACCUGCAGGCGGAGUUUGAGGAUGAGAGGAAGGACUAUCUGUCAACCAUCCGCCGGCUUGAGAGAGAGGGCCAGCUGCUGAACAGCCUGUUGGAGCGGAUGGUGCCUCUUGUACGCCGGGACUGCAACUACAGCAACCUGGACCGCUUGAAGAAAGAAGCCUUUUGGGACGAGGACGGCGCUGCCUGGAAGCUCCCUGAUGUGACGGUGCAGAAAACAACAUUACCUUCAGCUGUUUCUUUAAAAUCUGCAGUUCGCCGAGAUUCUGGUCCAGAUGCUGCAGAGCAAUAUACGGUGGAAGAGGACCGGUUCAAGGAAAUGCUUAGCCGAAGUGACAGUGAGAGCAUCGCUAGCAGCUACUUCAAGUCUAAGAGAGCCAGUCAGCUGCUGGGAAGCGAUGUUGCUAAAGGACGUGGGGUUGUUGUGUCAGCCCACCUCGCUGUGAGCACUCCCACCACAAAUCCGUCUGUCAGGCUGGACCCCGUCCUACCGCGUCCUUACCGUCUGGAGUCCCUGGAUGCCCCCGUUGUCAAUGGAAAGGUAAAGCGUAGGAAAAGCAAACCUCACACCCCGUAGAGGAGGGGUUUGAAAGAACUCGCUUCACUAACUUUUAUUUUGGACUUAAAUGUUUGUGGUUCAUCUCACAAGUAAGUUUUAUCGUUAAUGUUUGCUGCUAAUGUACACAGAAGUAAACACGUCAAUUUUUGUCUUUUAAAUGGCAACAUAGGUAAAGUAUGAUGCGCUUCUUACAGUUUUGCAUAUUUUUACAUUAAUAAACAAUAAGGUCCACUUAAACAUUUGAAAACGUUAGGUUAUGCAUAUAACCACUGUUCCCUGGAGAGGAAUGAGGUACAACGAAGGUACUAUAGGACAUCACGCCCUCGUGUGGCCUGGCUAGACGCAUUUAAUCAUGCCUGUAAGGCAAAUGAAAGUGAAACUGCGUGGAGGCCCCGCCCUCCACUUAUAAGCGACUGUGUCACUGUCAUUCCUCAGUUCGAUAGCCGCUCUUCACCGAGCUGGGCUGUGAAUCGGGCAGCCCUGCAUUGUACCUCGUUCCUCUCCUUCAGGGAACAGUGGUUAUAUGCAUAACCUAACGUUCCCUUUCAGUCGAUUCACUCGGUACAACGAAGGUACUAUGGGACUUAUCGAAACGCCCCAUGAGCAGCUAUCUAACCUGGCCUGAGAUUGCAACCUAAGAUGGCAAGUCAGAUCCAGCUGAGAGAACCGCAUGGGCCACCGAAGGGGCCAAAACAUCCAAGCGGUCCGUUUCAACCAUGGAAAACUUGGUUUUUGUAGCCCAACAGGGUUGAAAACCCGAACAAGGUGGGUCCCGGGAUCAGGACGACUGAGGUUUCUUCUUGCGGCUCACAGAGCGUUUCUGUGAGUCCCCAGAAGGGCUUUUACUCCAAGUGGAGUGGCGAGGAGGGAAAGACUGGGUCCGAGCUGGGACCGAGCCCUUCGCUGCCACUGGAGAGGCUGUCAGAGGUCAGGUUCUUCCUGUCAGACCCAGGUGCCGUGCGCCACCCUUCCCGCCUGGGGAUGAUGGAGCGUAGCGCCUCAGUCUGUUUCAGCUGGGCCUCGAACUUCGUCUGAAUAGCGUUGAGGGACUGAUCAAACAGACCACUGGGUGAAACAGGCUCAUCCAGGUAGUUAGCCCUGUCCCUGUCGGGGACAUUAGAAAGGGUCAGCCACAGGUGCCUCUGAGCCACUACAGUUGAGGCCAUUCCUCUUCUCAACAGCAGGGCAACGCCUCGGGCCGCUUGCAGGAUGUAGUCCGACGUGACCCGUAUCUCACUGAUGAGGGGUGUCAGUGGGUUGUCGGGUGGGACCCUUGCUCCAAGGUCCGCCAGGCAAAGUGCUUGGUAGGUCUGGAGCAUGGUGGAAGAGCUGAGAACGCGGGCAGUGGAGGCCUGCGUACGGUAAAUCUUCUCCAGUUGUGCAGCUGAGAAGCGGCAUGGCUUGGAGGGUAGAUUAGUUUGUCCACUAACUCCGUUAUUGCAGAUCAGAGCCAGGUAAGCCGCGAGAGAGGGCUCCAUCGGAGGGAGGUUAACCAAUCCCUCCAUUUCUGCACAGUCGAGGUCCGAGAACUGACCGUAACCCGGGACCGUGGUGCAGGUGGAUAGCGGCUUGGUCCAGGAUGCCGUGAGCUCAGCCACAAAAUCCGGGUACAGUGGCAGAAAGUUCUUUACCUCCGCUGGUUCCGAGGGGAGGUAAUAUCCAGAGAAGCGGGACCUCUUUUGUGAGACACACAGAACGAAGUGGAGAAGCUGAAGAGCCACAAAAGAUAGCGCUCGGUGGGCGGGAAUGCGAGCCAGAAGGCAGUAGAGUCCAGUCAGCGAGCAGUUAAGCUAUCUUUCAAUAGCACAGCUAGUUGUCGGAUGUGUUCUCAGCGAGGUGAAGAGCGUAAGAACUGAGGAAUGACAGUGACGCGGUCGCUUGUAAGUGGAGGGCGGGGUCUCCACGCAGCAUCACUUUCAUUUGCCUUACAGGCGUGAUUAAAUGUGUCUUCAGCCAGGCCACACGAGGGCGUGAUGUCCCAUAGUACCUUCGUUGUACCGAUUAAAAUCGACUGAAUGGGAACUUUGAAGCAUUUCAGAAAAAAGAAAUUUAAAUGUAUCUGUUAAGAGCUUUGUGAGCCGACUGUGUAGAAAAGGUCUCAGCCAUCGUGUUCAUGUUUAUAUAGGCUAGGUCUGGGAUAAAUGGGUCAGGUUGCCACGGCAACAGGCUUAACUGGUAGAAGGAAGUUAUCUCGUGUUACAUGUUUCACUGUAAACUCCCACAUGACGGAGUGAGAUAUGCAACUUUUAUUUGAAUAUUCAUUCAAAUAAAUCAUCAAACCGCACAAUCUUAAAAAAGGUACAUGUGUAUCUUAACCCCUAUUCUUAACAUUCCCUGAUCCAUGUCAGUUUUAGUGUGUGUGUGUGUGUGUGUGUGUUCUUGUACUACUACAUACUGAAGAACAUUUUGACCCUUUUCCCUACGAUGUGAGGACAUUUAUUUGCUCCUCACUUUUUUCAGGGUUUGGUUUUAGAGGUCUGGUGUGAAUUAAGUUUUAGUUAGGGUUAGGAAUAGAUGAGCAUUGGUUAUGAUUAUGGUUAGGCAUAGUGGAGUCACAAAACUUAAUGGAAGUCAAUGGAGGGUCCUCACUAUGAUAGAAAGACAGGUGUGUGUGUGCGCGCACGCACGCUUGUGCAUGCGUGUGUGUGUGUGUUUGUGGAGAAAGUGGGGGAGAUAUCUCGCCAUUCGCUGCAGGACCACCGUCAUCUGAUUACAGCUCCCCUGCAGGUCAUCUGGGGGAAACAGGACCAGGUCAGUGAAAUUAUUCAUCUAGAUGAAAUUAUAUCAUUUAUACAACAAAAUAAUAAUCAUCAGCAGAAGAGCAAAUAUAAUCUGAUGUGUUUUUUUUUUAGACCUAUUCGUGACUCCUGCUGCUCUCACUACCCUCACAACCUCCAGCAGACUGGAGAAGCAGCUGCUGACUCACCUGUUUCUCUCAGGUGUUGAACGUUUCGGGCGCUGCGGUGGUCCAGGCCGUGUUGCCUUGUUCCCAGGUGGAGCUGUUGGACACCUUUGGUCACUCUGUGGCUUCAGAGAGGCCGAAGAAACUGGCUAAUCACUGACCUCCUGUCUGAGCAAUGGCGUGGGAAAUGCAAAGAAACGUUCCUGAAGACUUUCCUGCCUCUGAAGAUCUAAACAAGAUUUUCUGUCUAUUUCAAAGUCAAAUAAACCCUUGAAGUUUUUAUCA